AUGGGACUCAGGAGGCCACGCCCUCUGGAAGGGCUGGCUCCGCCCACCAGCCUGACGGCCAAUCACAGGGGAGGGGACUCAGGAGGCCACGCCCCCGCAGGGGAGGGGACUGAGGAGGCCACGCCCCCGCAGGUGCCGCCCGGCUCCGCCCCUCCCGGCCCGGCGGCCAAUCACCGGGGAGGAGCCGCGGGAGGCCACGCCCCUCGGGUGGGGCUGGCCCCGCCCACCAGUCCGACGGCCAAACACAGGGGAGGAGCCGCGGGAGGCCACGCCCCUACUGAGGAGCUGGCUCCGCCCACCAGCCCGACGGGCAAUCCCAGAGGAUGGGACUCAGGAGGCUACGCCCUCUGGAAGGGCUGGCUCCGCCCCCCAGCCCGACGGACAAUCACAGGGGAGGAGCCGCGGGAGGCCACGCCCCUCCGCCCGUCGGCCUAUCACAGGGGAGGAGCCGGUGGAGGUCACGCCCCUCGGGUGGGGCUGGUCCCGCCCACCAGCCCGACGGCCAAUCAGGAGGGGACUCAGGAGGCCACGCCCCCGCAGGUGCCGCCCGGCUCCGCCCCUCCCGGCCCGGCGGCCAAUCACCGGGGAGGAGCCGCGGGAGGCCACGCCCCUCCGGAAGGGCUGGCCCCGCCCCCCAGCCCGACGGCCAAUCGCGGGGGAGGGGCGUCGGGAGGCCACGCCCUCCGCAGGGGAGGAGCCACGGGAGGCCACGCCCCUCGGGUGGGGCUGGCCCCGCCCACCAGUCCGACGGCCAAACACAGGGGAGGAGCCGCGGGAGGCCACGCCCCUACUGAGGAGCUGGCUCCGCCCACCAGCCCGACGGGCAAUCCCAGAGGAUGGGACUCAGGAGGCCACGCCCUCUGGAAGGGCUGGCUCCGCCCCCCAGCCCGACGGACAAUCACGGGGAGGAGCCGCGGGAGGCCACGCCCCUCCGGUGGGGCUGGCUCCUCCCACCAGCCCGACGGCCAAUCCCGGAGGAUGGGACUCAGGAGGCCACGCCCUCUGGAUGGGGUUGGCCCCGCCCCCAGCCCGACGGCCAAUCACGGGGAGGGGCGUCGGGAGGCCACGCCCUCCGCAGGUGACGCCCGGCUCCGCCCCCCCGGCCCGGCGGCCAAUCGCCGGGGAGGAGCCGCGGGAGGCCACGCCCCUACGGAGGGACUGGCUCCGCCCCCAAGGCCGGGGACAAUCACGGGGGAGGGGCGUCGGGAGGCCACGCCCAUAUGGAAGGGCUGGCUCCGCCCCCCGGCCCGGCGGCCAACCACGGGAGGGGCCGCGGGAGGCCACGCCCCUCUGGUGGGGCAUGCCCCGCCCAUCAACCCCACGGCCAAUCACAGGGGAGGGGCAUCGGGAGGCCACGCCCAUCUGGAAGGGCUGGCCCCGCCCUCCAGCCAGACGGCCAGUCACGGGGCGGGGCAUCGGGAGGCCACGCCCUCUGCAAGUGCCGUUCGGCCCCGCCCCCCCGGCUCGGCGGCCAAUCACCGGGGAGGAGCCGGGGGAGGCCACGCCCAUCUGGAGGGGCUGGCUCCGCCCACCAGCCCGACGGCCAAUCACGGGGCGGCAUCUGGAGGCCGCGCCCCUAUUGAGGGGCUGGCCCCACCCAUCAACCCGACGGCCAAUCACAGAGAAGGGGAGAGAGCUAGGGAGGCCACGCCCCUAUGGAGGGAUGGCUCCGCCCCCCAGCGCGGGGACAAUCACAGGGGAGGAGCAUCGGGAGGCCACGCCCCUCCGGAGGGGCCGGCUCCGCCCACCAGCCCGACGGCCAAUCACAGAGGAUGGAACUCAGGAGGCCACGCCCUCUGGAAGGGAUGGCUCCGCCCACCAGCCCGGCGGCCAAUCACGGGGGAGAAGCCGCUGGAGGCCACGCCCACCGCAGGUGCCGCCCAGCUCCGCCCCCUGGCCCGAAGGCCAACCACAGAGGAGGGGGCUCGGGAGGCCACGCCCCCUCAGACCGGCGGCCAAUCACAGAACAGGCGGGGGAGACUAGAGGCCACGCCCACCGCAGGUGCCGCCCGGCUCCGCCCCCCGUCCCGUUGGCCAAUCGCCGGGGAGGGGAGGAGCCUCCGGAAGCCACGCCCCCAGGUAGGGGAUGGCUCCGCCCCCGGCCUGACAGCCAAUCAUAGAGGGGCGGGGCCUCGGCGGGCCACGCCCCCGCAGGUAUACGCCUGCGGCCAAUCACGGGGGGAGGAGACUCGGGAGGCCACGCCCCCUCGAGUAGAGGCCGGCUCCGCCCCCAAUGAGGUGGAGGAGCCUCUGGAAGCCACGCCCAUGCGGGUAGCUGCCGGCUCCGCCCCCCAGCCCGGCGGCCAAUCACUGGGGAGUGGGAGGGGCUUCGGCAGGCCACGCCCCCCGCAGCCGAAGCUGGCGCACACCCCCAGCCCGUCGGCCAAUCACAGUGGCGGGGGAGGAGCCUAG